AUGGAGUCUACUGUGCAGCAACGCCGCGACGAGAUCCUCGCAAAGAAGGCCAAACUUGCUGAACUGAAGAGGCAGCGCGAACUCAGGAGGCAGGAACAAGCAAACAGGCAGUCUUACAAUGGCAGUCCUUCGGGCGAGGCGAACAUCGAAGGAAAGAGAGCAGACGUCAACAAUCUCAUAAACAGCAUCCUUAACGAAAGCCGGCCGAGCUCCACACAACCAGGCUCACCAGCCGGCCCAGGACGAGCAGCACGACCCGAAUCCAUAGUCAGCGCAGGGCAGUUGAGCAGCGACAAUGAAGGCCCCACGGGUUAUCCAGCCUCGCUUUCUAGCAUGGUCGACCGCGAAAUGCAGACCCUGUCCAUUGGACCCCUAGCCACCGUCUACGAGUUUGACGGCCAAGUCACAAACGAAGUCACCAAGGAGAAGGAAGUUAUCACAUACAGCAAAGGUGUGCAGGCAAGCAUAGAAUGGAGCCCACACAAGACACGUGGAGCAGGAGGCAGUGAUACAGAACGGGAUGAGAGUCCCACGCGAUCGCCCAAGAGCAAGCGACUAAGUCGGAGACAAAAAGAAAAGGACGAGGAGAUUCGGAUGCAGCUGCGCAAGGAGAUUGAGGAGGAACUCAAGGCUGCUCAGCAAGCACCGCAGGACGGCGCGCCACAGACGACCUCGGAAGAGAACUUUCCGUUCAAGACGCUUACGAAUGAAGAGUUGGCGGCCGUUGAGAACUCGGAAGAAUUCAUUGGUUUUGUGGAGCGCAGUACGAAGGUCCUAGAACGAGCGCUUGACCAACAGCUCGAAUACGAUAUCCUCGCCGACUAUGCGCUCGGCGGUGUCGGUGUCGAUGAUGAAGACGAGGGCUAUGGUUCCAGCGGCGGCAAGAAGGGCCGCCGGAUAAAGGAGAUUGCACAAUUCUGGGACGACCGGUGGAGCAAGAAGAGGAUGAUCUCGGACCUAGGCUUCUCGACAAAGUUUCCAGAGCUCGUGCUAGCAUCGUAUACGAAGAAUCCAUCUGCUCCACACGACCCUGAUGGCCUUGUCCAGGUCUGGAACCUGCACAUGCACGACCGCCCAGAGUACAUCUUCCACGCUCAAUCCGACAUCCUCACCGCAAAAUUCUCCCCCUUUCAUCCCAAUCUCAUCAUCGGUGGCGCCUACUCAGGGCAAGUGCUGUUAUGGGACACCCGCGCCAAGUCUGCCCCUAUCCAGAAGACACCUCUGACAGGCUCUGACGGUGUGGUCUGCGGAUGGACAGUGGAUAUGCUCUCACAGCCACAGGAAUUCCUCGAACUCACUUCCCCUCCUCCAGCCAAGACGGACGACAUGGCUGUCACAUGCAUCGCCUUUCCUCAAUCAGAUCCAACCUACUUUCUUGCCGGUACAGAAGAAGGCUCCAUAUACCCCUGUCACCGUUACGAUCGGGCCGGUGCUAAAGCCGGCGUCGAUGGUCGCGUCAAGUACGGCGGCCAUGCUGCACCUGUCAUGAGUCUUGACUUUCACCCCGCAAAAGGACAAAUUGAUCUUGGAGACUUGGUUCUCAGCUCCAGCGUCGACUGGAGCGUCAAGCUUUGGAAGGUUCGACCCCCAGCCGCAACAGGCGCGGCAAACACCACGCUUCCCGGUACCGCUCAACAAGUCACGCCUGUCUUGGACAUUGCGCGUGAAGAUCUCGUCUACGAUGCCCGUUGGUCGCCCGUCAAACCCUCUGUGUUCGCCCUCGUAGACGGAGCGGGAAGCCUCGAGGUCUGGGAUAUCAACGUCGAUAUGGAAGUCCCUAUGCAAUCUGUCAAACCUAGCGAUGGGAAGAAGGGCGCGUUUGCGAAUAUGCCGACAGGGUUGGGGUAUAUGAAUCGCAGUUUGAACAAGUUAGCGUGGGAGAAGAAUGAGGGCAGGAGGGUUGCGGUAGGAGGGAUGGAUGGCGUGGUCACGGUGUUUGAGGUUGGGAAUGAUUUGGGUGGUGUGGAAACGAGGAGUGAGGAAUGGAGUGGGGUGAAGAGGUUAGUCAGUCGGAUGGAGGGUGUGGGUGAGGGCACUGGCAAGUGA